UAAAAUUUAUAUUUAGGGUCUAUAUGAUAUUCAUAUUCGAUUAGCCAGUGUACCUCUUCUUUCUUGGGAGCCACCACCACUUUCACAUAAUAUUUAUGCAAGUAAAGUAAUGAGUUGUCCUGUUGUCACAUUCAACACAGUUGAAACAGUUGGCAAAAUUGUAGAUGUUUUAACAAAAGAAAUGCACAAUGGAUUUCCUGUUGUAGAUAAUAAGCAUGAAGGAAGAUUUCGUGGACUGAUUUUAAGAUGGCAGUUAAUAGUAUUAUUGCAGCAUAAGGUUUUUAAUGAAACUGCAGAACGAACUUGGCCAAAUAAAUUAAAAUUAAAAAACUUUAGGGAUGCGUAUCCUCGUUAUCCACCUAUUCAUCAAGUAAAUAUAUCACAGCAAGAGAGAAACUUUACCAUAGAUUUAAGACCUUACAUGAAUCCAUCAGCAUAUUCUGUUCUACAUACUGCUUCUCUUCCUCGUAUAUUUCGUCUGUUUCGUGCUUUAGGUCUUCGCCACAUUGUUGUGGUGAAUGAUAGAAACGAGGUCAUUGGCAUCGUUACCAGAAAAGACCUGGCAAGAUUUCAUUUUCACUCUAGCCGCGGAAGGAUGCAUUUUGAAGAAUUUCACGUCUCUCAAGGAUAAUUACAAAGUUAUUGUGUGGUGAUCUUAUUUUGUAUACAAUACUUAGAUUUAUUUAUCUUGAAAGUCUCUGUGAUACAUCUGAAAAAAUUUUAUAGAAUAAUUUUAUUUUAAAAAGGAAUUUACAAGUUAUAUAUUAUCUAAUUUUAAUUGGUCACAGAUAAUUAAGUUGAUAUAACUUUGUAUUGUAUCAAAGUGGAAGAAUGCAUAAUACUUUUCUGUAAGAUAAGGUUAUCUGGUUGUAUUCUGUGAUUUAAAACAUUAUGUACUUCAUCUUACUCUGAACUGAUAAGUAAGUUUGUUAAUAGUCUUGUUUGAUUUAUACAUAAUCUUAAACUUACUUAUCAGUUCAAGUGACGAUUUUAUAAAUUAGGAAUUUAAUAUAAAUUCAAUUGAUUUUUUUUAUAUAUAUAAUACAAACAAAUUUAUUUGGAUUGGAAAUUGGUGCCAGAAGUAUGCAUGUCCCUUUUAAAUUUUAUCAUGCAACAAAAAACAAAUUAUCUUAACAGUGAAUAUUUGAUUAUUUUCUUACAGAUGCCAACCAUUAUUAAACGGUAAAUAAAAUUAUUUACUGGUUAAUUUUAAUUCCAUUUAUUUAAGAACAUUUAUUCUUAAUUAGUGUCAUUGGAUAUCUUCAGUAAAAAUAUCUAUAUUUGAAACCUAGCAUUUUCAAUCUAUUAAUUUGAUACUGCACAAAAUGUUAACUCCUUAUUUUCAUUAGACUAGUAGUGCUUACAAGUGUUUUGACUAAAAAUCUUUUUGUAGGACAGUCUAUAUUAAGUUAUCACAUUUUAUUAUUACUACUUCUGAGUAUUUAAUAUUAAUAAUUUCAAAUGGAAGCAUAAAAAAUAUAAACUUGGACUAAUUCCAUUUUGUUCUGUUCUUUAAUUAAUGUCAUAGAGGUUAAUUAAUCAUACUACCUGGCAACAAUAUUUCAAACAUACUUGUUUAAACAGUAGAAAUGAAGUGCAUAUAAAAAUUAAAUUAAAUUUUCAUCCACUUGAUUAUUUUAAAUAAUAUAUUUAUGUUACAUUGUACUUGUUUUUGGGAGAAAAUUUGAUCUGUUUUUUGCAAAUAUCUAUCAAGUGUUGUCUUUUUUUCCAGAGAAUUCUACUGAUGAGCUAUUUUAUAAAAAUAUUUAUUAUAAUUUCCUAUAUUGUUAUUUACAAAGUUUUCUUGUUAGUUACAGUAAGUUUUUUUUAAUUCUCUUGUUUGAUGUGUAUUUCUGGCACCAACUAGUUGAAAAUUAUCAUUAGUGUUAUGUCAGUUUUUUGUUACUCGCUGUCUUUGAUGAAAAAUAACAGUUAAUGACAUUCAGGAUUUCUUCAAGAAACUCUAAUUUUCUUUGGUUAGAGUAUUUGUCAAAAAUUGAAAUUUAUUAUUUGAGUUGUGAAUCUAAGUAUAUUUUUAAAAUAUUUUAUCACAGCUUAGAUUGAAACUCAGUUGAUUUAAAGCUUUGUUAAUUAAAAGACAGGUAAUACAUCUCUGGGAGCCACUAACCUUUUACUUCAGAGGAAAGAUUUGGCCAACUGGUGUCCGUUCCACUUUGUUUUCUGAAAAGAAAAAUCAUUUUUGUAUUGUCAAAAGGCAGGGAAUUGAGUAUAUACUGUUUGUAAAAUAUAAAAUGUACAAAUAAAUAUUGUUUCUAUUGUACUUUAAAAUGUAAUAUCAUCAAUGUUAAAUAUUUAGCAUGUAUUUAUAUAUUGCCAAAUAAAUUUUGUAAAAAAUUUGAAAGGG